AUUUCACAAACUUCGAUACAACUCAAAACCCACCCUACCUUUUUCCGCAACCCUCCUUGAGUAGGCAAUUCUAACACUCUACAUCAAGCCACUCAUUCGACAAAAUGCCUACCAGAUUAUCGAAGACCAGAAAGCACCGUGGCCACGUCUCGGCCGGUAACGGUCGUGUCGGCAAGCACCGCAAGCACCCCGGUGGUCGUGGUAUGGCCGGUGGUCAGCACCACCACCGAACGAACAUCGACAAGUACCACCCUGGUUACUUCGGUAAGGUCGGUAUGCGAUACUUCCACAAGCAACAGAACCACUUCUGGAAGCCUAUCAUCAACCUAGACAAGUUGUGGUCGCUUGUCCCCACCGAGACCCGCGACGCCUACAUCUCCGGCCAGAAGAAGGACACCGUUCCCGUCAUCGACCUCCUCCCCCUGGGCUACUCUAAGGUCCUCGGCAAGGGCAGAAUCCCCGAAGUGCCUCUAGUAGUCCGAGCACGAUGGGUUAGCAAGUUAGCGGAGAAGAAGAUCACGGAGGCUGGUGGUGUUGUUGAGCUGGUCGCGUAAGAAAAUGCGCUGGCGGAAGGGUUUCUAUUUGCGGAACAAGGGAACGGAUACCUGACGACUGGGACGGUUGUAACUCAGGGGCCUGCACAUUAUGACAGGUAGUCUUCGGUUUUCUCGAGCAUCGCAUGGCAUGAUCGGAUUCUACGAAUGGGAGUUCAGCUGAAUAAAAAAUGCAUUUCACCCAAAUCAACUUGACAGCCUGGUGACUUGGGAUCUUGGGAUCUAAUUAUGAUUUUCAGGGGCCAGACCAUUGCCUUGAACGAUGUGCAUCACUUCAUCCAUAUCAUCCUAGACAGAUAUCCUAGGCGAUCUUAAGCUAGUACGGUAUAAAUUCGUUGCCAAUCAUCAGGGGUAUUUGUUUAAUGGCAAGAUCCAAAUUCGGAUAUAAAGAAUAAUCGGGCAAUGUCUCGCACCUCAUAGUAUCCGUGGUAAAAGUGUACCUACGGCUGCAAUAGGGUUAGGUAAGAAUUUAGGAGCUGCUUCAAUGCUAGCCAGUCU